AUGACCGGUUCAGUCGUGGCGUCCAGCUUCUUCCGGGACAAGUGGGGAAAACGGUUCAUAUGGCAAAUGAACUGCAGGCGUACAGACCUCAGCGCCCUUAUCUGCGACUCUCGCCUCUCUGAUGCUUCAAAACUAAUUCUUAAGCGCCUCCUUCCGCAGUGCGCGAUCGCCGCCGCGCAGAGAGACUUGGAGGUGUUCGGCGCCCACGUGUCUGCCGGCGGCGUGGAGUGCUCCCUCGCCGUCUCGGACAUCUCGGGGCCCCUAGACCUCGAGGCCGUUCAGGACCCUGCCUUCAGCGUGUGGAUUGUGCAGGGCUUCUAUGCAGUGGAGACAACAACAACCACGUCUACUUCUACGACCACCACCGGACCUACUACCACGACAGGGCCGACCACCUCGCCCUCGCCGUGGGCUCUGCUCGACCCCGCCCACUCUAUGCUCCUCCCAGAAAACCCGGACUGUGUGGACCUGAUGGGCGGAAUCACCCAGUCAGAGAUUUCAGGCAUUCUUUCCGCCCACAACAACUAUCGUGCGCAGGUGGCCAGGGGCGAGGAGUCCAGGGGGAACCCGGGGCCGCAACCCAACGCAACCAACAUUCACGAAAUAGUCUGGAGUGCCGAACUGGCGAUGAUUGCACAGGCUUGGGCUGCACAGUGCCCAACCAUGAAUGACUGCCAGACCUGCCGCAUAACUUCCACCUACAACUACGUGGGACAGAACAUGUUCAGGGCUUUUGCUUUCGAUUCCAAUCCGGCAUGGAAUGCGGCAGUAACAAAGUGGUACGAUAAUGUAGUCGAUUUCCCCAACACAUACGUAUCGUCGUUCGCAAGCGCCGGUAUGGCAGGGGGUUACACACAAGUGAUAUGGGCCGAGACUCUUGAGGUCGGCUGUGGAGGGGUGCAUGUCCAAGGCGCUACGUAUAUUGAGAAGUACUACGUGUGCAACUACGGCCCUUCCGGAAACUUCAUGGGCUUGCCUGUGUAUGAGGCCGGUGAGACUGCUUCUGCCUGUCCUGCGGGGCCAUCCAUUACUUAUCCUGAUCUAUGCGCAUAG